AUGCGGCGGCGCGCGGCGGCCCUGGCGUUGGGCCUGCUGGUGCUGUGCGGCUGCAUGGUCGGCUCUCUGCAGCAGUCGGAGGCGGACGCCGCGGACGAGCCCGAAACCGCGGCGCCGCCCGCGGAAGCAGCCGAGGCGAGCUCCGCCGAGCGCGCGGCGCCGUCAGCCGCAGCGAAGGCCGCAACGGCGCAGUCGAGCGCGGGCGCCAAGGCAGAAGAAGCUGCUGCUCCUGCCGCAGCUGCUGCUGGGGAACAGGCGCCAAAGGCAAAGCAGCAGCCUGCAGUUUCCAAGGGGACGAGCCAGGCUGCGUCUCAGGCCAAGGGUGACGCAGCCGCGGCACCCGCGCCCGCGCCCGCGGCAAAGGCCGCCCCCAAACCGAAGCCGGCGGCCAAGCCAACACCGGCGGCAGUCCCGGCAGCCGCGGAAGGCGGACAGCCACCCUCAAAAGGCGCAGAGGCGGCCCCUGGGCCGGAGCAAGUGGCUGCACCAGAGCCUCAGCCGGAGCGCGUGGCGGCUGCGGAGGAUCAGCCGGCGCCCGCCGCGGGGGAGGAGGAGGAGCAGCCGAAGCGGCAGGGCCCGAAGCUGCUGCCGAAGAAGGUGCAGGUGGUGGCGGCCGCGCCCGAGGCGGAGGUGGAAAAUGACGACGACAUCGACCCCCAGGGGGAUUGCGCGGACUUCAUACCCUCGUCCUCUUGCAAGGACGUGGACUUCGGGGAUGGGCGGGUCGCGGAGUGCCUCAGCCAGAUCAUAGCGGCGGCAGAGGCGGCAGACACAGAGGCGGAGGGAGAGUCGGUGCCAAUCGCCUGCGCCUCGGAGCUCGCCACAUUCUUCAUAAAGCGCUCCAAAAACAUCAACGCAAACGUCCCCUUGGCGCGCGCGUGCAAGGCUGACGCCGAGCGGCUGUGCAACAACACAUACUUGUUCGGCGGGAAGACAGAGGGGCAGGUCAUCUCCUGCCUCAAGUGA